AUGGCUGGAGACUCGAUCCGAAGCACUCGACGGGAAAAACUACGAUCAAGCUGUGAUCGAUGCGGUACGGCAAAAGUGAAAUGCGAUAAAGAACAACCGGAAUGUGGGCGGUGCAUCUCACAUGGCGUACCAUGCGUCUAUGGGGUUUCGCGUAAGAUGGGAAAGCCUCCACGACGUAUCAGUCUAUCUCAAUCCACGAGCGACACCGUCACAACCACCCAAAGCAGUAGUGAAACAAGCAGUGGUGGCAUGCCGCUGGAUCUGGAUAUCUCCUCCGGCACUGAUAUGAAUACCUGGGAUCCUAUGGAUGAAGACAACAACAGUCACACAUUCAUAGACAUCCUAGAUGCCGGAGGAAGUUUGAACCACGAGAUUCCAAUACCGAUGAUACCGAACCUGCCCUUGGAUUAUAGCGAGUGGGCUAUGUCGGACCAAACGAACGUCAAUACCCAUUUCCCUCUUCGAUCCUCUCACCAAUCUCCAAUACAAGGGGAAGAUUUAUCGUCCAUGACUUUCCAAUGGCAAUGGGACACGAGUGCACAUCUCGAACAAGGGUCAAUAUCGCCAGAAAUGGCCAACAGCCACGACUGUCAGCAGAAGUCCCACGAGAUCCUUGAAAGUAUAUCCGUCCACAACAUCAGCAAGUCCGAGGCCGACGAAGGACUCCCACCACCGACUGGUUUCGCCCUGAAAACGGAGACCACGGUCAAUGGAGUGCCACUAGAUGUGGUGCUCCAACUUAACCGCGAGGCAACCGAGCGUCUCAUUGAACUCGUUUCUUGCCCCUGUGCGCGAAUUCCCUCUGUUGCGUUACUCUAUGCGUCGAUCAUCUCCCGGAUCCUGGCAUGGUACGAGCAGGCUGCCGCUUGCACACAACUUUCCUCUCUGUCCAGCCUUCCUAGUACGGCAGCAGGGAGUAUCUUAGCAUCCAGCGACUCUCGUAGAGGUGCAUGCUCACCACCUAUGCAGCCUCCAGAGGUAUCGGUUGCACCGUCACGAAUGAUGGUUGGGACAUUCAAUGUGGAUGAUCCUCGCCUCCAGACUAUGAUAAAUAUACACCUAUUAUCUGGCGAGAUGAAACGAGUGGAGGAUGUUAUUGACCAGUUUGGUUCACAAACCGGCUGCUCAACUCCGGCGACGGGGCAAAUCGGGGGCCUUUGUUUGAGUCUUAAUUCCUGGCUGAAGCAGGAUUAUUCAAGGAUUUUGCAUAUGAUGCAAUCGGAGUUGAAGGAGCUGGGCAUUUUAGAUAGAUGUUAG